CAGGGCACAGAGUUUCUGUUACUGUGGUUUCUAUGCACUUUUUAUAAAUAUUACUAGUGUCUGACUGACUAAAUGAAUUGAAAGUCUGUAAAUAUUUAAAAUGGAUGAGGAAUGGGAUAUAGAAUGUUCUGACGAAGAAUUUAAAGAAUGUAAAGGACCAUGGGAACCUAACCCUGAGGAAAUAGACCGACUAUAUACCAUGUUAGUAAAAGGUGAAAUGCAGGAACUCAGUUGGAAAUGUCCAGGGUAUAAAUCACCUUCUCCCGAAAUCAAUGAAGAGCCAGAACAGGAGCAGGACUCUAAAGAACCUGAAGAACAGUCCGACUUUGAUUUUAUGGAUGAAGUUUCCUCACCAAAACUGAAAAUUCGCAACAAAGGAGAAGAAACAUUGAAAGGAAGUGCUAAAAAGAAAACAGCUUCUUUGGAUGGGGUUUUGAGCAAUAUGAGAAGGCAUAAUUUGUUACCAUCAAAAAAUAAAUAAUUUUUGAAGUUAAUCUUCCAAUAGUUACGCUCUAUCUAUCAGACCACGUUGGUUCUAUGAUUUUAUGAAAAGGGGAAUAGGUUUCCAUGAUUAGUGCCUUCCUAACUAUUGUUAACAGGUCUGUGAGUUCGAUUGAUUGAUUGUUUUCCUUAAAGAUAAAAAAUAUUACCAGAAAGAACAAGAUAGAAAAAAAAGCUUUUAUUAGAAUAGACAUUGAGAGGUAAUGGUCUAUAAUAAAUCUAUUUUUUAUGUAUACAGUGAAGAUAUUCAGUUCUUCAAAUUUGGUUUUGUAAGUCAAUAUUGAAUAUUUUGAUUUGUAGUGAAUGAAACUCAUUUCCAUCCAUUAUUUGUUGUACAUUAACAACUCUGAGACUGAAUAUUUGAAUAACCAAUUAAUUGCCUACAACCCAGAAAACAGGUAUCAAGCAAGCAGUUCAAUUAAAAUCAACUCCGACUGACUAUCCAAUUAUUAUGCGUUUGACUUUUUUCUUCAUAAUUGAAACGUACUGAUUAUUGGGAUGAUGAGAUUACUGAAGAUUAACCUAUAACUACAUUCAACUAUCUUAAAAAUGAGCAUCUUUGAUUAACUACAUUAAUAGGUGAAUAAACUGGUCAGGAAAAGCUACAAAGAACUGAGACAGAAACAGAUUGACUCUGUACUGGGUGCCAUGACACUUAAAUAUCAUAGACAAUGAAAAAGCUGGUUAAUGUGCUAGACUCGGAUAAUCAACCCCAUAUACACACCCUGAACCAACUCUGGAGGUACCAAAAUUUUUGUUAUUGAUCAAAUAGGGAAGUGCAGCAGAUUGAAUUCAAUAGAGGAAACGUAAUUAUUGGCUGCUUCUCCUUGUUUCAUAUUGAAUCUAAUAGCUUCAAAGAGGAGCCUUUGAAGUUAUGCUGGCAAAAAAUAAAGUGGAGUAUACCUUUAUCUUCAGUACGUCUAUUGAAACUACUUUGAUAAUACUUUGCAUGAUCUACACAUCUUUGUAUAGAGUUAAUUUUUUUAAAUUGAUUCCUUCCUUUCUUUGGAAGAUUCCCACGUUUUUUGUAUCAAGAUGGAGAAAUAGGGUCAAAAACACUCUUUCCCAAAAAUUAAUCUCUUCUAAAAAUAUAUUUUUUGUUUUUAACGCUUGUUUUGUUUGUUGAACACUGUUUUUAAAACCAACUGCUUACAAGAGGGGCCUUAUAAGAACUCCUGCUUUGCUUUAAACUGUUCAAAUGUAAAAUUAUAUUAACUCAGACUAGGCAUGCAUUGAAGAUCAAAUAGUUUUUUUAUAAAACGAAGAUUCUUAUUGUCUUCAAAUUUGUUCAUUGUUUUAGUUUCCAACAGGUUUUAGUACUAAUAAUUUGUAUUUAUGUAGAUUUUUUGUGUCAAUCUGAUUUUUGUGUUAAUCUAAUUUUGUGUCAAUCUAAUCUAUCUCAUAUGUUAAAAUAUGUGAAGUAUCAACCUGAAAAAAUAUGUCAAUUUAGAACAACUGUACAUAAAAAUAUUGUAAUAUAAAUAGCUUAAACAGGG